AUGGCUGAAGUAGGAAAUUUGAAUCCAAACAAUAACCAAGUUAAUGAGCGGCAGAUUUUGUUGAUUUGUAAGGCCAUUUGUUCUAAAGUGUUCAGCUCUUCAUUGUUGUUGCAUCCAGCUUAUUUUACUCAUACUUUGGUACAACUUGGAUAUGAGCCUUUUCCUUUAGAAAAAGGAAAAUCUUUUAUAUUUUUUGGAUCAAAUACUUUUUUUCUGCCGAAUUAUUAUCGAUAUGUUAACAACAUGUAUCUUUUACAUGGCUUUAAGGCAAUUUAUACAGGUGUUGGUGGGUGCUUUUUGGAAAAAUUUUCAAGGAUAUCUUGUGGUUUUGUAAUUUAUGAGAUUUUGGACCGUUACUACCCGGAAGUUGGAGGAAAUAUUGAUGAUCUGAAAAAUUUAAAUAAUUUGGACAAUUAUCAACAAUUUCGAAUUAAAUUACGAAAGGGAAUACGUGAAACUAUUGAAGUAGUUUUAUGUUUGGUUAUUUCUCGUCCAUUUACUGUUGUAGCAAUUCGUCAAAUAGCUCAACUUAUUGGGAACGAAACAAAAUAUUUGCCUAUAAAUCCUUUCCAACCUUUAUUACUUAUUGGUGCAGAAGAGGGCCCUCCUGGACUUUUUUCUGGAUUAAUGCCUUUAAUUGUUAAUGGACUAAUUUCUGUUUGGGGAACGAAUAUUUGUAUUUAUCUAGUAGACAUUGUAUACAAUAAAAUGAUAAUAAAAUUAAAUAUGAAGGUAGAAGGUUGGGAAAACCUUCGUCCAUAUGAGAAACAACAAUUAUCUGAAUACCUGCAGCUUUCUGUACUUUUACGCUAUAAUGUGUGUAAUUUAAUUGUCCCUUCUCUGGUUGGUUUUGUGCAAUAUCCUUUUAAAUUAUGUUCUAAUUUGAUGGCUGUCGCUGGUUCUGGUUUACUAGCCUCUCUUUUACCUUAUUCACCAACUUUCAAUAAUUGGUUUGAUACUUACAAUUAUUUGGCACAAAAUUGUGAACUUUAUAGAGGCGUCAUGCCUUAUCUACGUAAAGAGAAGGGAUCAAUCCAAGUUGGCCCAGAUAAUAAAUUUUAUGGAAGUAAAAAAUAUUUUAUUUAA